UCUCGGCUCUCACUUCUCUUAAUCUCCUCAGACUUGAUGAAGGCAAAAAUCGAUUCUGGACUUUUUGACUCCAUACCAGUGACCAGUUUUGUUAAAAUGAAUAGGGAACAGUGUUAUUUGGUAUUAAGACUGUGUUAUUAAGGCUCUAGUCUGGACUAGUUUUUGGUAUAUCGCCAAAAUUAUGACAUCUUUUGACAACGCUUUUUUGAGAUAUUUUUUUGCUUUUUAGCAAAAAAAAUCAAAUUUAUUAACAAACAAUUUCAAAUAUAAAACACUCACAAAACACACAAAAUUAUUUCAACAUUUAUGUCACAUCAGAGCAGUUUUACAACUAAAAAACAAAAUUCAUCAUCUAAAAACUUUUAUCAAACAAACCCUAUGUCAUUUCUUUCUUCAGUUACAUGUUAAGGGCUCCAGCAAAUCAAGAAUUCCGGGAAUGACAAAUGAUGCUUCCAAGUCAUACUAUUCCUUAAUUUAUUCCAAAGUUCCAGAAUCACCAAAUGGACAAUCUGCGGAGGGUAGCAGUCCGUUUAGAAACCGUACAGGUCUACUUUUGUAGGUCACUUUGGUGAAAAGCCUUUAAUGUUCCAUAUCACCAUCAAGUGACAUAGAUGAAGAAAAGAAUCAAUCCUCUCUGCUUUAUUUAUGCAAAACGGAUGUUAUUAGUUAGUUGUUCACUGUAAGAAUGGCAUUGAUCCUGAUUGGGUUUGGCAUCAUUAAAUUCUAGCCAGUCACACAUUUCUCCCAAGGUGAACACAUGCAACUCAUGAGGUUACUUGCAUUGAACAGCAGUCACUGUUGCAGCCUUUUUUCCUGUGCCCACCAAAUCAAUCAAAAUAAAGAGUCGUGCAGAUUUCUCAAUCUCAAAUCCACACAAAAAAAAAAAUAAAGCCUUUUUAUUAAGAUAAAGGGCUUUACAAUGGGAUGCAUUUUCAUGAAGCUGCGAAUUAAGGACAAAAACCCAGCUGUUCUCGCCUCUCAAACGCAUUUUAAUGUGACCGAGGUUGAAACUUUGUAUGAGCUAUUCAUGAAACUAAGCAGUUCAAUAGUUAAUGAUGGGGUCAUAAGCAAAGAAGAGUUUCAGCUUGGAUUAUUCAGGAAUAGCAAGCAUCAAAGUCUCUUUGCAGACAGGAUUUUCCAACUGUUUGACUCCAAACAUGAUGGGGUGAUAGAAUUUGGGGAGUUUGUUCGAUCUCUGAGUGUCUUCCACCCAGAAGCACCUCAAGCAGAAAAAGUUGCUUUUUCAUUUCAAUUAUAUGAUAUAUGGCAAACAGGCUUUAUUGAACGCGAAGAGGUCAAGGAAAUGCUUUUGGCGCUUCUGAAGGAGUCAGACAUGAUCCUUUCUGAUGAAAUCAUUGAAGCCAUUAUUGAUAAGACAUUUAGGGAAGCGGAUUUAAAACAAGAUGGAAAAAUUGAUAUGGAAGAGUGGCAGGAGUUCGUGUCUCACAAUCCAUCCAUAUUGAAGAAUAUGACGAUUCCAUAUCUAAAGGCCAUUACAACUGCAUUUCCUAGUUUCAUGAUGAGAUCAGACUUUGAAGAUGACAUGAACAAUCUUUGAAAAGGAUAACAUCGGAUUAACAAAAGAAUGACAUGCUAACAUGUA